AUGGCAUUCGACGGUGUCUAUGUAUCUGUUCACUGUUUUAUAUUUAUUGAACAUCUACAGGACAUUGUUUUACAUUGUGCACUGCACUUGGAACCUCAUCGUCUUCCACUUUUGUCAUGUCUUAUGAAUCAAUCAUUGCAGCUUGGCAUGGGAAGUGCAGUGGAGACGCUUUGCGGUCAAGCCUCCAGUGCAGGGCAGGUUUACUUGCUAGGAAUUCAAAUGCAGAGAUCAUGGAUAAUCCUUUCGGUCACAUGUAUCGCCUUCUUACCCGUCUAUAUAUACGCCACUCCCUUCCUAAAGAUCCUGGGUCAACAGGACGAAAUAGCUGAUCUAGCUGGAGAAUUCACACUCUAAAUAAUCCCUCGACUGUUCUCGCUUGCCAUCAAUUUCCCCAGGCAGAAGUUCCUUCAAGCCCAGAGCAAGGUCAGCGCGCUCGCAUGGAUUGGGUACAGUCUAAUCAUGCACAUUGGACUACUUUCGCUCUUCAUUGUAUUCAGAUGGGGCACUACUGGUGCAGCUGCUGCAUAUGACAUUAAGAGCUGGGCAAUCACGGUGGCUCAGGUUCUUUGUGUCCUGUGGUUUUGCAAAGAGGGCUAGAAUGGCCCUUCUUGGUCCGCAAUUACGGACAUACGGGCCUUUGUGAGGUUGUCCCUUGCCUUGGCGGAGAUGCUCUGUGUGGAGAUAUGA